GACUUUCCGGGAAUCGUCCUCUCGGAAACAAUUUAUAGAGAUGGGUGUCGGUGAGAGUUUUAUUUGUGCAAAUUUUGAUUUGUAAGAUCAACUUGGCCGAUGGAAGAACAGCAUAAAGAUAUCUUAAGGAGACACCGUGUACUUUUACGAAGAGAGAUAAGCGCGGAAAAGUUGGCAAUAGAGCUCUUUUCUGCAAACAUUUUCGACGAAGAAGACCUACAUGAGGUAAACGGAGAGAGAACACCCGAGCGACGAGCAGAUACGUUGCUGAGUAAGAUUACUCGUAGAGGCCCUGGUGCAUUUUCUUGCUUUUGUCAGUCGCUAAAGAAUCAUAGGCAAGAUUUAGCUGACAAAAUUCUAACUCCAUUCUCGGAAAUGAGUUUACAAGAAGGGGAACACUUUGCUGCAGCCGCCUUGCCAUGUUACCCCAAUAAUUUUACAGGGCGCAUCGAGCUACGCAAGGAGGUCAUAUCAAGAGUGAAUGAAAACUACAAACUCUUACUUCUUGUUGGACUUCCUGGUUAUGGCAAAUCAUCUCUUGCUGUUGUUGUUGGCCAUACUUUGAAUGAAAAUGGCUUUCAAGUMUUGUACUUUGAACUYAAGGACAUMACAACAAUGUAUGGAGCSUCAGUWUUGAUGUUAGAGAUCCUACAAAGAGUACCUUCCAAUGAUCCUGUCCGUCAGAUUCUYAGYUUCCUUAGAUUUCAGCUUCAAAAGAAAACUCUYUUGAUCCUGGACAACACUGAAGACCUGCAAGAGAAAGAAAGUAAUSAGUUUUUCCAGUUUUUAAAGGARUUAGGCAAGUUUUCCAAAAAUGUUUGCACAAUUGUCACUACAACAGAGGCAAUUGGCGGACUUAAGCUUCUUCCUUUCCAAGCAAAGUCAUUUCCCCUGSAACCUCUACUUGACAGGGAGUGUGUGGAGCUGUGGARGAAGCUGAAUCCUGAAAGCCCAAGCACUGAGCAUACCUUUAACAUUGARCAGUUAUGCAAAGCAUGCCAGGGAAUCCCAUUGUUUAUUGAAGUGGCAGCAUCACAAGCAGAACACAUGGAAGACAUUGUGCCCUUGAUAAAGGAACUUCAYUCCAGUCCAGAGGUUCUUCUUCAAAAGGAAGAAAAUAUGGMAGCCAAAAUGAAAGUCUUUCUGUCCCGUGUUCCUCAUGAUCUGAAAAUGACCUUAGCAAAGCUGGUAGUCUUUCCUGGUGGCUUUUCAUACAAUGAAGUCAAGUUUCUCUUUGAUGUGACUCAUGAUUUCCCACUCCGUGACAGAUUGGUGAAGCUAAGUAAUUACUCCUUGGUGAAGUUUGACAAAGAAACAGCAAUGUACAAGCUACAUAAUGUAGUCCAAUCUGCCAUAACAAAAGCAAAGCUAGAUGAUGCUAUGUAUCAGGAGUACAAUCUAGCUGUUCGCCAAUUUGUAGAGUAUUACAUGGGUAUUUUACAGGAGCUAAAUGCCCAGUUCCUCAGCCAUGACAACAUGAAAGCCCUCCAGUCUUUCUUGGAACAAAAGCGAAACCUUCUUCACGCCUUCACCCUUGCCAUUGACUAUAAACUUGUGCUGGCAGUAGAUGUGUCUACAGAAGUAGUCAACCAUUUGGCCAAAUGUCUUAACAUAAAGGAGUUUAUUAAUGUCUAUGAGGGAAUGGCUGAACUGGUUAAAGAUGACGACAAGCGCUACAGCGACUGCUUGACAUCAUUGGGCUUCAUGCAUCUUUGCUACCAUGGCAGAGAAAAUACUACCACAGCAGAAGAAUAUCUUGAGUCAGCUUGUGAACUCCAACGACAAUGCCAAAAUGUUCACACAACAGAGGGAGCCCAUGCUAUGAGCAAGCUUGGCUUAUGCAAAGCCAUGUCAGGACAAAUUGAACUUGGAGUGCAACUGAUUGUUAAGGCAAUUAUUAUAAGAAAAGAAUUGCUUUCCAGAGAAGGAGGAACCAUAAGAAAGAUGCUGUUAGCUGGUGGAUACUGUGACCUUGCAAUGGCCAUUUCUCCCUAUAACAUUAAAGCCGCAGUAACAAUCUGGGAGCAAACAUGCUUAAAAGAUUACCAAGAAACCCUGAACACCCACGCAUUCACAGCAACACUGUUCCAGUACAUUGGAGAUGGCUACCACAAGCAAGGCAAAUUUGCACAGGCAGAAGUGUGGAAGCGCAAAUCCCUUGAUAUGCGCAAGAGUCUUCUUGGUGAAUACCAUCAAGACACUGCACGUUCAUAUUCCUCCCUGGCACUCACUUUAGAAGCACUUGGACAGCCAGCACAGGCACUGGACAUGUGGUCGACGACCAGGCAUAUCCAGGCAAAAGUGUUAGCCUCACCUGAAGACAUACAGUGUACAAACAACGAGAUURAACGGUUAAAUGACUUGAUAAAUCAUGGGGUAGGUAGGUAGAAGUUCUAUACCAAUUUCCAGACUGGGUAUUUUACAGACAGUGUUAUAUGUCAAAUGCCAUUCAUCUAAAGAGAGCUUUGAAAGCAAACGAAUCAGAGUGAGAAAUUCACUUGGUUCUAUUCUCUUUCCUAGCUUGUUGGCUGUGAACUUAGUUGUUUUGCCAAAUUGAAAAAAGAAAAUGUUUAGCAAGUGUAAAUAUUUUGUAUCAUAGCAUAGUGAACAGCCACAAAUGUUCUAAAAGCUGUGAUGCAAAUGAUGUGUAUACUUAGUACAAGUAUUGGCAAAAAGCUAGGAUUUGUGUACAAUUAGUGUAAAAAAAGAUUAUAAUAUAUACGUGUACUCUCACCUAAUUGAAAAAUACUUAGUCAGGCUCAAAAUGCUUACACCAGUGGCAAAGCUAAGAUGGAUCAAUAUUAAUCAUACAUUAUUCUAACUUACCAAUAGUUAGACAGGUUAUACCAGGAGGUUUUGUGGGAUCAUGGACAGCAAAUGGUGCAUCAUUUUUGUGUAGAAUAGUGUCAGUUAUACUUGGUAUCUUUGCACUGUCUUUGGUAGGAUUAGGCUUCCUGGACGACACAUCAGUCAUGUUAAUGAAACUAUAAACAGGUUUAUAGUGUAGUACCAUCUUGAUAUCUGUGAGAUCUCAAAACAACCAAUCCACUAUGGUAUUAACUAUACAUGUAUAUAAUAUGCAUUUUUGUAGAGAUAGAGUAGGAUAAUAUUCUUCAUAACGAUACGUCAAAGUGACUUACAAAUGAUUAUUUUUGUUGUGUAAUUAUUACUUUUUUAGUAGGAUGUUCGUCUAGUACUUUAAACAGGGUCUGUGCAUAGUAUCAAAAACAAAAUUUAAGGACUUUUCAAAGACCAAAAUUGUAUUUUCAAGGAACAUCAUAAUGAUCAUGCUAAUUUUACAUUCUUACCUCAAAACUUCAGCUAAACAGAAUAAUUCAGAGAUUGCUAGCACUUCCUGAUAGAGAUCCAUCUUUUUUAAGGAGUUUUCAAGAACUUUUUUGAAAUUUUCAAAUUUUCAAGGAGUUUCAAGUGCCCUUGAAAACUUUUCAAGGAUUUAAGGACCUGCACAGACCCUGUUUAAAUUUAUAAAACUUGCUUAUGAGAUAAGUAAUUUUAAUUUCAAAAUGUGCGUUUUACCAACGAAAGUCAUUCACUAACAGUUUGAAAUACAUCAUUACAAAGGGACAAAUGCUUAUAUCAAUACAAUUGAAAGUAAAUGUGCUGCCAUCUGUACACCUGACCUUCAUCAGAAUGAAAUAAUUCCUAGAUUAAAAUGAUAAAGCUCAGUUCUACAUGAAACAUGAAAGACUAGGGACAUAAACAGAGGUAUUUUAAAAGUAACAUUCCAUUAUUCUUUUGAAGAGAGAUUUUAAGCACCACGCAUUUUACUCCCAUCAGAAGACAUUAUAUACAAAGUCAAAUACAGUUAGCAUGAAAGAAAUGCUAUUUUAAGUAUCGACAAUGAGAUUGUGUUAGUCAAAGUAUUUAUUAACAGAAUUACACAUAGGCUAGAUUGAUAUCCAUUUGUUAAUAUUAUAUGUAUUACAGCCUUUUGCAAUAAUUAUGAGAAUUGUUGAAAUAUCUAAAUAUCAUAAUAUCGAGUGCAUGAUGGGUAAUCCYRCGCGAUGCCCUUAGUCCCUUGUCUUUAUAGUUUAGUUUUUUUUUGG